AGCUCUGCUAGUUUCUAGUGGUUCAUUCUCGGUCAAAUCCCUAGAAAAAAUAAAUAAAUAGCAGUAGAAAUUUGCCUGGACGACAAGACAGAGACCUGCCUAUUGUCCUGUAAUUCCUUCAAUUUCGCUGUUAUCUCCAUAUUUGUGUGCUGAGGAUGGAGCCCAGGACCUCGGGUAUACUGGACAACAAGUACUCCUACCACUGAACUGCAUCCUUAAAUUGUUAAAUAAAAUUAAAAAAAAAAAAAAGAACUUCACUCUCUCUCUCUCUUGGUUCAUUAGGGAAUGAACCAUGAACAAAGCAAACGAGUUCAUACCGAUGUCCAUCCUGUUCUUGUCGCCAAUGCAUCCCCGUAAGUCACCUUAGUCACAAGGAAUCAAGUUGGCCAUGGAGGCGAGGGUUCACGCUAGUGGAACUUUAAAAGCCCUGGUGAGGCCGAAUGUAGCUGAGACAAUCGCAAAGCACCAAGUCUAAGACUUCCGCCCCUGGAAAGAGUUUGUUUUCUCCUGCCCUGCCCGGCCACCUCGGGUCAGCCCAGCUCUAGUUGUGCGCAGUCUCCUAGAGUUGUUUGCCGUCUCUAUGGCAACCCGGUAAGCCGGCCUCUGAAAAUGGAGACGACCGAGUCUACUGAGGAAUCUCCUCCGCUGCCAUCUUCAGAUGUACAGCCCAGCUCCGAAGGACUGGAGAGCACUUCCGAUCUCAUUCCUUCUUCGGGUGGCAGUCCUAGGUCGGCCCUAGUGGCCGUAACUGCACCAUCUGUAUUAUGUGCAGAGCAUCGUGGGCAGUAUUCUUUGCUCACAGAGCCUUCUUCCGACAGUCUUCUCGAGGUUCCCUGCCCUGGGUCCCAUCAGAUAGGCCAUGGGACGUUUGGCUACCAGCCCCUCUAUGUUUCUUACAUUCCUCGGAAUGUUCCUGCUUCUUCUUAUCCUGGAAGGAGCUCUGUUCACAGCUCUGGUCCUUGCUCUGGCUCAGGCUCUGGUCUUGGCCAGAGUUCUGAUGCUGGCAAGGACACUGCUCCUACCUAUAAGCCUAGGCCUGCCCCUGUACCAGCUCUUGCCCCUGGGCCUGAACCUGGCCCUGCUGACUCUGGACCUGGUCACAAGGUCAGCUCCAGCAUUCCUCAAGGAGGCCUCCCACCAGUUCAGUUGCCUAAUAGUAGCACAUGGUAUCAGUUCUGCUACUGUGUACCACACCGGCAACCCUGGGAACCUCUGCAAGUCUCAGAGCCUGGAGUAAGGGGGCCAUUGAAACCCCCAGAGGCUGAAGAGAAAUCUGAGUUUCUUUGUAAAACACUGCCGCGUGGCCGGUGCCUCCUUCACAACUGGGAGGAAGAGAGAGCCACCAACCAGUUGGAUGAGGUUCCAAGAUUGCAAGACGGCUCUGAGAGUUACUUCUUCCGACACGGACACCAGGGACUGCUGAGCAUGCAACUUCACUCAGCCAUGCCUGGCAGCACCACCCAGAAAGACUCAUACCAGCCCCCCAGAAAGAUCUGCCAGCCACUUCGAGGAAAGCGGGAAGCUAUGCUGGAGAUGCUCCUGCACCACCAGAUCUGUAAAGAGGCACAGGCAGAACAAGACCCUCCCAGGAAGCUCUUUGAGGCGGAGUCAGUAACACACCACGACUACACAGCAAAGAUGGUCCAAACAGGGCCUCCGGCCCCUAUAAAGGUGAGAACCCAACUCACCUUACUUGGGAAAACAGAAAACCCAGAGGUUGACCGAGAGCCCCAAAGACCAGGAGUUACUCAAUAUCUCUUCCCUCACAGCCUCAUGAUUACCGCCAAGAACAGCCUGAAACGUUCUGGAAGCAGAGAGCACCACAGCUACCGGGUGUCAGUAACAUCAGGACACUGGACACACCAUUCCGGAAGAACUGCAGCUUCUCAACACCAGUGCCUUUGUCUCUGGGACAUCCUUUGCCUUACGAACUUGAGAAUUUCCCCCACCAAAUGGGUGCAAUGUCUUCCCUUGCCUGCCAGGGAGAAGGGCAGGGGUGUGGAGGGUCGAGGACAACUCCAGCCUAAGGGUUGAGGAGGGAAGUGGAUGGGGAAUUCGGAUUCUCCUAUUGUUUAUACUACAAGUAGGUGUGGGUGGAGUUACUUCUCUGUGCUUGGUGAGGGUUUCCCAUAAAGCAUUCUCCUCCUGAAGCUGCUGACUCGUUGAAUCUGUGAGUAACCGUGCCCACACCAGUACUCUUCCUUUAGGAUGGCUUGGACCCCAGACAAAGACACCAGGAUUUGUUGUUGUUGUUUUAUACUUGGACAAAAUAUUCUGGUCUAGAUACAGAUAUUUACAAGAAGCCAGGGAGGGGGCAGGUAUAUGUACAAGCUGAGCUGCAGUGGGCAAUGACUUCCAUAUAUGGUAGAAUUCUGGGUUUUUUUUUCUGUUUGUUUUUGUUUUUUGUCUGUCUGUGUGUGUGUAUGUGUGUGUGUUUUCCAUCUCAUAUGACAAUGUCUGUUUUUGUUGUAUGGAGAGACG